CGCGGCGCGGAGCGGCGCGGCUGAUGCGGAACGGCCGCUCUCCCUCCCUGCCGCCGACACUCCGCGCGUCCUCCCGCCGCCUCCGCCGGCACCGGAGCGCCCCGGGCCCGCCAUGGAGCCCAACCCGCCGAAGCGGAAGGAGCCGCGCAAGUCGCUGCGGGUUAAAGUCAUCUCCAUGGGCAACGCGGAGGUGGGCAAGAGCUGCAUCAUAAAGAGGUACUGCGAGAAGAGGUUCGUGUCCAAGUACCUGGCGACCAUCGGGAUCGACUACGGAGUCACCAAGGUGCAGAUCAGGGACCGGGAGAUCAAGGUGAACAUCUUUGACAUGGCGGGACACCCCUUCUUCUACGAGGUCCGGAACGAGUUCUACAAGGACACCCAGGGCGUUCUCCUGGUCUACGACGUGGGAUCCAAGGAAUCCUUCGACUCCCUGGAUUCCUGGCUGGCCGAGAUGAAGCAGGAGCUGGGACCCCACGGCAACAUGGAAAACGUCGUCUUCGUCGUCUGCGCCAACAAGGUGGACUCUGGGAAGCUGCGGAGCGUGGACGAGAGCGAGGGUCGGCUCUGGGCCGAGAGCCGGGGAUUCCUCUACUUCGAGACCUCGGCACAGACCGGAGAGGGGAUCUCCGAGAUGUUCCAGACUUUCUACUCCGCCAUCGUCGACCUGUGCGACAACGGCGGGAAGCGCCCGAAUUCCGGCGCCGGGAUCGGCUUCACUCGGGAACAAGCGGAUGCCAUCCGGAGGAUCCGGAACAGCAAGGACAGCUGGGACAUGCUGGGAGUCAAACCCGGAGCCACCAGGUGA